AUGAACAGGAAGAGACUUGAGGCUAUCAAACGGCUUCAAGAAGCGGAGAUUGUGCUAAAUGGGAUAGCGGAGGCCGAAAGAGAAAAAGAUGUUGCUUACUUUGAGGACAAAUGGAUGGAGCAAAGGACCGGUCAGCUGGAUGUGAUGACUGAGACUCAGAAAGAAAAGAGAGAGCGUCUCAAUGUAAUGCUGGGGUUAGAAGAGGAAUUGAUUCAGGCUCGUCCUGGUUGUAUCUUUCUUUGCAGAGAUCGGCUCAAGGCAAUUCAACUUCAAGCUCGAAGAGCAAGAACCCAGGCUGAUAGGGUUGAUCUUAUGUCGCUGCCGGCCACAGUGGCCAACCUCGAAGAGCAAAUCGAAGCGAUGGCCACAGCCCUUGGCGGUGCUGAAUUUCGAGAGCUUGCCGGCGCAGUCCGCAAUCAAGAAACAGCAGUGCUGGGCUUAUCAAUAGCGCGCGCAAAUCUCUAUGAAGCCAAAGUUGGCCUAGUUGAAGCCAGGCUGCGUCGCCAUUGGCACACUGUUGGCAAAUACGAAAACGAUUACCCCGACGCUGUGCAACCCGCAUUGCCCGAUCUUGCAACGGUCAUGGCCAUGGAGAUGGACGAUGUGUUCUGGAAUCGUGGCGAGCUUGGUCUCCAAGAUGGUGAUACAGACAGAGACGGUAUCAACAGUUUCUUAUCCCGACGGAGCGCUUGCGAGGAGCUAAGACGCAUUGCUAGGGAAGCGAGGCAAAUGACUGGAUGGGCCAAUGCUUACUAUGAUCGCAUCCUUGCGCUGGGAAGGAAGGUUAAUGAGGAUGAUGACCAGCGGUGGGAGCGGUCCGAAGUAGCUAUGGAAACAAUGGAGCCGUGA